AGUGUUGUAAAAGGAAAUCGAAGCCACAGCCAAAAUUUUCAACGGCAACUUCUUUAAAAGGGCUGUGGAAGAAGGGCCUACAAAUUUGUCUUCCAUCAAGCACCGGAAAUGCAGAACCAAAAGGGGCAUGUCCUUUUAGUCACAUACCCUGCCCAAGGCCACAUAAAUCCUCUCCUCCAGUUUGCAAAACGCUUGGCCUCCAAGGGACUCAAGGCCACUCUAGCCACCACCCAUUACACUGUCGAGUCCAUCCAGGCCACCAAUGUUACCGUGGAACCCAUCUCCGAUGGCUUUGACGGUGGCGGGUUCAAGCUUGCUCCCAGUGUAGAAGCCUACUUGGAGUCUUUCAGAACAGUUGGGUCAAGAACUUUGGCAGAACUGAUAGUGAAGUACAGGGACACAAGCACACCUGUUUGUUGUAUUGUCUAUGACUCAUUACUGCCUUGGGCUUUUGAUGUUGCUAGGAACUUUGGGAUCUAUGGAGCUCUGAUGUUGACAAACUCUGCUUCUGUGUGCUCCAUGUAUUGGCAGAUCCAUCAAGGGCUCCUGACUUUGCCUGUCAAACAAGAAUUCUUGCCGCUCUCGUUGCCUGGUUUGCCUUUACUGAACUAUUCUGAAUUGCCAAGCUUCCUUGCUCAGCCUGCAACUCACUCUGCUUAUUUAGCGGUGAUCAUGGAGAAAUUUGGCUGUUUGGAUACAAAUGACUGGGUCUUAUGCAACUCCUUUGAAGAGCUCGAGAGUGAGCUACUUGAGACACUGCGGGGAGCCAUGCCACUGGAGAUGGUUGGCCCCAUAGUGCCAUCAGCCUACUUAGAUAACCAGAUUGAAGGAGAUACAACUUAUGGAGCUACCCUAUGGGAGCCAAGUGGUGAGAGGUGCUUGAAAUGGCUAGACACAAAACCGUUGAAAUCAGUGGUAUAUGUAUCAUUUGGAAGCAUGGCAAGCAUCAAAACUAAACAAGCAGAAGAAAUAGCAUGGGGCUUGAAAGAAAGCAAUUUACCUUUCUUAUGGGUUGCAAAGGAGUCUGAAGAAAAACUGCCGGUUGAGUUUCUCAGCUCCAUUGGAGAAGCAGGGUUAAUUGUGACAUGGUGUAACCAACUAGAGGUGUUAGCUCACCCGGGUAUCGGCUGCUUCAUUACACACUGUGGAUGGAACUCAACCUUAGAGGGGUUGAGCUUAGGUGUGCCAAUGGUGGGGGUGCCUCAGUGGAGUGACCAACCUACUAAUGCUAAGUUUAUUGAAGAUGUGUGGAAGGUGGGAGUGAGGGCUAAGAAGGAUGAAGAAGGGAUUGUGACAAGGGAUGAAGUGGCGAGAUGUAUAAGGGAGGUCAUGGUCGGAGAAAGAAGUGAAGAGAUUAAGAAGAGUGCAUCCAAGUGGAGAGACCUGGCCAAGGGAGCUGUGAGUACUGGGGGAAGCUCAGAUAGAAACAUUGAUGAAUUUAUAGGGAAAUUGAUGAAGAAAGAGCAGAAUAAAGCAUAAUUGUAUCACUUUUUAAGUAAGAGGGAGUGUACUCGUUUCCUGAUGAUCUCUAACUAUGGAAUAAUCCUCAUAAACGAAAGAGAACAAUGUAUCAUCAAUUCAUCAUGUGUGUUAUUUUAUCAGCUGAUACUGUCUAAGGAUUCAAGUAAUUUUAGGUGUAUGAAACUUUAAAUUUUGCGCUCUUCCUCGCUUAUAUAUAUCUUGCAUUGACAUUAUAAAAAGACUAGGAAGCAUGUUCCUUUUGGAAGUGAUUAUCAUCAAUAGAUAACAAAGACACAAUGCUUUCUGAUGUGCGAUUAGUCUUUUUGUGUAUCUGCUCCUCCAAGAUCCGUGCCUACAGGGUGAUGGUAUAUGUGGAAGCAGCAUCGUAGAGCUUUACCAGAAAAUAUCAAGAAACUUCACAUCUUACAAGUGUUGCUGUCAUUACAUCCUUCACCCUGUAAUGUGUAAACACAUGGAAACCAAACAGAAACAUCUGAGCGUAGCUGAGGAUGUGCAGGUGCAAGUAAACUGAAUUCAAAAGCCAUAUUCAAGCAAACUGCACGAUAUUUGUCUUAUGAUCUCAUCAUUUUAACAUGGAAUAAACUACAAACACAAUCUACAGUCUCCCACUUAUCUUGUAUAGAGCAGCAUGAGAAAAAGAACCAUAGACUUGUAGAGAGAGAAUCCAUUAAUAGCAUGACAUGAAGUUUAUGCUAAAGGUUUAUUUUGGUGUAUGACACUAAUUAUAUCGUUAGCAAGAUAUUGCUUCAUACGUGAUGUUUAAUGCAAGUAGUAGAGGUUUAGCUUUGCCGAAAAUCAUGAUUCCAGGAAGAAGAUAACAUAGAAUUGUGUUAAAUUCGGAUAGGCUUAUGACAAAGAAAAACUGUUACUAGUA